AUGGACAAGAUCCAUCCAACCGUUGUAGAUAAAAACAAGGCUCUGAAACGGCAGAGCAACCCAGAAAAAUGGAAGCGAAACCAGCAGAAGCUAGAGAGAUAUUCUGCAAAAAAAUUACCUGAAAAACCUAAAUGUACGCAUAAAAAAAGAUUGGAGUGUGAUUCGCUAAAAAUGAACGAUUUGAAUUCAUUUCAUACUGCUUUUUAUAAAAAUAAGGAUAAACUGUCACAGGAUGCAUUUAUACUGAAACAUAUAAAAGGGGGUCCUACUUACAGACGUAGACCACGUAAGGCAACUCGCAAAGAAAAAGUAAUAAGUACAAGGAAUGUGUUUUACACCAAUUUUAACUUGGAAUUCGGUUCGCCGCGCACAGACGUGUGCUCUGUCUGUUUGCAAUAUGCAGAGAAAAUUAAGGCAGCUAGAGAUAACAGAACUAAAACUGAUUUGAUGAUCCAGUUAAGAGUUCACAAAAAACGCGCUCAAGCUUUUUUCAAUUACUUGAAAGAAGAUUCCCCGAAUGUUUUUAUAUUAUCAUACGACUGCCAAAAGAACAUGCCGCUACCCAAAAUUCCCGAUCAGAGCACAUAUUAUUCUAGACAGAUUUAUCUUUUCAAUUUCACAAUUGUAGCAGGCUCUUCAAAGUCACAGUUAAAUAAAGACAGUACUUUUUCAUAUGUUUGGACUGAAGACCGAUUUCCAAAAGAUUCUAACUGCAAAGCAUCUGCGAUCUAUCAUCGAUUAAAUGCAACGACAUUUCCUCUUCAAAUUAAUACGGUAAGAUUAAUGGCCGAUGGAUGGAUGGCCGGCCAAAACAAGAAUACCACUGUUGUAGGAAUGUGCCAAAAGUGGUUUACAGAAGCUCCUCAACAUAUAAAGAAGAUGGAAAUAAUAUUUCCUGUCGUGGGCCAUUCUUUUCUUCCCGCAGAUCGUGUUUUCGGGAGGAUAGAGAAGGAAUUUCGCAAGCGAGACACAAUACUGGAGCCAACUGGUUACACGAAUAUUAUAAAAGAAUACUCCAGUCUCAUUUCAGUAGGACAAGAAUAUCCGGUCAAAGAUUGGAAAGACGCUGCCAAAAAGGUUUUAAAACCCGUUGGAACAUGGCAUGUACCUUUUAUGAAGUGCAAGCGUUUUAUAUUGAAGCGUUCUAAAAUAACAGCUGGAAACGUAUUGGUAAAAGGUGAAAUACAUUAUGUUGCUGACACCGGAGCAUAUAGAAAUGUCUGUAAAAAAGGCAAAUAUCAUGUUCGUAACAUGAUCAAUCCGCAAGAAUGUACCUUUUAUGAAGUGCAAGCGUUUUAUAUUGAAGCGUUCUAA